UGAAUGAACUCCAUCGAUAAUUCGUCUUGAGCUUACAAGCUUUGGGGCUCGCAUUCUGAGAAAUUUAUACUACGAGGCGUACUUCCAGUGUGUACUCGAGCAUUACUUUCUUGUUCAAGCUAUCCACAUCCACCACUCCAUCAACUUGAUAAGCAAUGUCUGAAGAACCCGGCAAGCGGUUCGAGGAUCCGUCGCAAAGAACUUCCCUUGACGCAAACCCACCAGGGGACCAACACGUGGAGUUUGUCAAUGCGGAACCUGAAACCCUGUCAAGUGGUACCGGGAGGCUUUCGGCAGGACGGGGGGCCAUCCUGGCCAAUGCUGCCAGAGAGCUGCAGGAUGUCGCUGCUAAACAACCAACUAGCCAUACGAGCAAUAGCCUCCAACCUCUACAUCUGGGGACGCGAAGAUCUCGACCAUAUGGAGAACCAGUCGUCCCGCCAACGUGGACAGAGGGGCCUCAGGGCAAGAAGUAUCAUCGACACAUGCCCGUUAGUGAGAUGGUAGCACCGACUCAAUCAGGCACAGGUGAAGGCUACAAUUAUAGUUCAUAUAAGCGGCCGCCUUUAUUCACGCAAGCUCCCAAGCACAAGGUCCAUCGGCCAAAGGACCCUACUGAAGGACACAGUCGAUACUUAGCAGGAACAUUAAAGAUGCUAUCCAUGCAUAACAACCCUCCCCAACAGGAAAAUGAUCCAAACAACGGAAUAGACACGCCGCCGGCUGAGUACAUGGACCAUGAACCACCAUACACUGCGGAUGAUGGUGGAGCCACAAAUCAGGGUGAGUGUAAAUGGAUCUGGAUUGUUGUCACUUUACUUGUGUUGAGCAUGUUCCUAUGCCUCUUUUUGUACGUGUUCAAGGUCAUCAGAUGAUGUAAUGUAUGUCUUGUCGGAGCGGCCUAAGUCGCUAUAAGCAAACCUGUUUGGCGAUAUAUACGAACCAUCUCUAAGAUAUUGCGGCUUACGGGAAGGACUUGCUCACAUUCUCCAUGUAUCCCUUGCGUUAUACAUUCCGGAACUCUUUCUGAUGUGCUAAUUCUGGCCAUGUGCUUAGCUCGUGGGGGUAAUGUGGUAGUCUAUGAACAAU